AUGUUCCGAGCCCAAGCAAACCCCAUGGACGACGCAGUCGUCAAGGCGACCGACGAGAACCUGACUAGCGAGAACUGGGAGUACAUCCUCGAUGUCUGCGAUCGCGUCUCUGCCAACUCGGCAGGGCCGCAGCAAGCGACAGCCUCCUUGAUCAAACGCCUGGCCCAUCGCAACGCGAACGUCCAGCUGUAUACCCUCGAACUCGCCAAUGCUCUGUCGCAGAACUGUGGGCCUCCGCUACAUCGCGAACUCGCCUCCAAAGCCUUCACGGAUGCGCUGCUGCGGCUGGCGGCCGAUCGCAAUACCCAUGGACAGGUUAAGCAGAAGAUCUUGGAGCGGAUGGGCACAUGGACGGAGGAGUUCAGGUCAUCGCCAGAGUUAGGGAUCAUGGAACAGGCAUACCUCAAGUUGAGACAGCAGCAGCCGGGGCUUAUGCCUCCAAGCAAGCCUGUGAAGAAGGAGAUUAGCAGCGAUGACAAGAGGAAGGAGGAGGAAGAGUUGCAGAUGGCUCUGGCAUUGAGCGUGAAGGACAAGGGCCCUGCAGCGACCGAGCAGCAGAAUAAUGGAGCGGCGCAACAGGUACAGCAAUCGCAGCCAGUCGCUCCGCAGGGAACAACCGCAGCCACAGUGAGCAGAGUCCGAGCGCUGUACGAUUUCACGCCUUCAGAGCCCGGCGAACUCGCCUUCAGGAAGAACGAUAUCAUUGCAGUGUUGGAGUCUGUCUAUAAGGAUUGGUGGAAGGGAAGCUUGAGGGGACAGACUGGAAUCUUCCCUCUGAACUACGUCGAGAAGCUGCAGGACCCAACCAAGGAGGAGCUGGAGCGAGAUGCGCAGAUGGAGGCGGAGGUGUUUGGGGAGAUCAAGAAUGUGGAGAAGCUAUUGGCGUUGCUGAGCACAGGUGGAGAGGGAGGUGGUAGGAGAGGAGCGCGUGAAGAAGAGGAGAUCAGCGAGCUCUACCAACGGACGUUGAGCAUACGGCCGAAGCUGAUUGAGUUGAUUGCAAGGUACUCUCAGAAGAAAGACGACUUCACGCAGCUGAACGAGAAGUUCAUCAAGGCCAGGCGAGAUUAUGAAGCAUUGCUCGAAUCGUCCAUGUCACAACCUCAAUAUCAGCAGCAAUACCCGAUCCGGCAGCGACAGCAAGGCUACCCUCCUCAACAUCAGCAGCCUCCAUACGGUGGGCCGCAACCAUCGCAAGGAUAUCCUCCUCAGGGGCCUCCCUCAGCAUCAGGCUAUCCACCUCAGCAGCCUUUCGCACAGCAAAGCCAACAACAUCUUCCCCCUCAACAAGACCCACAACGUUACUACUCGCCGGCUCCAGCAGAGCAACCACCUCAGCAACCUGGCUUUAUUAGUCCAUACCCUCAGCAGAACGGGCCUCCCAGCACUGCUCCUAACGGUCCUGCGCCAUUUCACUUCAUCCCUGGUGGGAUUCAAGCGGGACCACCGCCACAGAGUGACAUCCGGCGCAAGCCCAGUCCAAACGCAGGAGCAGCGCAUCCACCCAAUGACCCCUACGUCGCAGGACAAGCCUUCCAAGGCCAGAUCAGACCGAAUAGCAUUCACACUCUGAACAGUGGCAACCCUCAAGAGCUCGCGACUGGAGGCUAUGAAUCUCCCGUCGACAACAGGCACUCCUACCCAUCUGCGCAAUUCCAACAACAACCGCCAGCCAUACAAAACCCAGGCUACGAUGCUUACGCGCAGCAACCACAACAGGCGCCACAACAGCCACAGCAUGCUCCUCCACCUCAGCCCAGAUCCGAUCGAGAUGGGCUCCCGAGCAGACAGCGGACACAGAGCUUCGAGUCUCCCUCAAGCAUGUACUCCACGCAGCCCGACGGCCAACGAAUCCCAUCACAACAGGCGCCACCGCCUCCACAACCUACCGCCGCGCCGCCCGGCGUGCCUACGAGUCCCGGCAUCCAACAAGGUGGCCAGCCGGCGCCGUACCAGGCAUAUCAACCUUACCAACCGCAACAACAGCAAUAUCAGCCGCCAAGAGUGCCUUCGGGAGGAAAUGAAGCUGAUCCGGGGGAUUUUUACAGAUGA